AACAUUUAUAGUUAUCCGUCUUAUAUUCCUCCGCGGAUUGACAAAGAAAGUAGUCCAUAAUUUUUAUAACGGAUAACGUACUAAAUUAACAUUUGGAUAAGUUUCCAAUUAGCUAGCUCCGUCUAUUAUGCACUAUUAUAUAUUUUAUUUGAGUAAAAACCGGUAGUUAUUUUAUUUAUUUAUUUUUGCGGAAGGAUAUAUGCCGUCAGUCAAGACGGAAACUUGCGUUGAUGGACACCGUGUGCUGAUGUUUGGUAAUAGUAGUAGUUUGAACUGUUAACGGCAGGAGCAACUGGGACAGUAAUCCUAAUGUUGGAUUAAGCAGGUUUUAAUUAUUAUACCAGGAUUCGACAUCGAUGGAUAUUGUAUAAUUUUGAUUGACGUAACCUCAGGUAAGUUGUUUUGAAAUGCCUUUGCUUGGGAAGAUAGUGGUGAUCAAGAGAAAUGGAGGAGAUGGCACUGAAUUUCCCCUCACAGCGUCCUGUCUGUUCGGAAGGAAGCUGGACUGUGAUAUUCGGAUUCAGCUGCCGCAGGUGUCUAAAGAGCAUUGUAAAAUUGAGCUAAAUGAGAACAAGGAGCUAAUUUUGACCAAUCUGAGCUCCGUGAACCCCACUCGUAUUAAUGGACAAGCUCUUAAUCAAUCGGAAUGUUUAAAGCAUGGUGAUGUCAUCACAAUCAUUGAUCGUUCUUUCAGGUUUGAGUACCCACCUCCUAAGACACCGAAGAAGAGGCUGUCCACACCUGGAAAAGGCAAAGCAGUUCAGGCUUUGAAAGAGCAGCAGGAAAAAGCCACACCUGUUCCUGUGGAAAAGAGAAAGUCGGAGCAUUCGUUUGAUACUUGUUUAAAAGAUGGGUCAAACUUGCCACCAUCUUUGGAACAAACUGUUGAGACCGAACCAGAAGAUGGCAAACUUAAAAAGGACAGCAUGUCACCUUUUUGUGAGCUUUACCAAAUGGUCAAACAGGACCUUGCUGCAAAAUCACCAUGGAAGUCUGAGCAACCAAAAACACCUCUUGCAAGACCUCAGAAUGGUCACGAGAAAGUUUCGGCUGCAGAUGUUAAAAGUAGUCAGAAACAGGUCACAACCCCAUCUACAAAGAGGCGAAGAUCAUCAAAAUCCAAUUCUGAGGAAACAACUGGAUCAGCUAUACCUCAGAGUUCAUUUAAUUCAAAUGUGGAAGAAAACCUCACUAACGAUGUGCCAUCUAUAGGGUCCACCACCCCCUCAAUGACACAGAAUUGUGUAACUCCUGUCUCCCGGAAGAAUAUAACACCCUUGAAGACACCUCAGAAAUUCAGUGCUGGUGAGGUAGUCCAGCAAAUUCUUUUACAGCCCCAGCCUGAAGAGAAGACUCCUAAAUCCCCAAAAGGAAGGAGAAGUGGUGGAUCACAGGAUCAGAGCCUUGUUCAUCAAAUGCCUUCAGUCCAGCCUCAGACUCCAGGCACAAAGGAUAACAACACUGAAGUGAAGAUGUCACCAAGAACAUCACCAAGAGCAAAUGCUGGCAAAAGGUUUCAAAUCCAAGAUGUUCUGCCUGAAAUUACAUCUACCACAUCAGCAUCUAAGAAGGAAGAUGACACUUCAGUAAAUGAGCUAUUUAAUGGUAAUGAAUCUCGCAAUGAGGUAUUUGUACUAAAAGCAAAGAAAAAGCGAGUGUCCUUUGGUGGUCAGCUGAGUCCAGAGCUAUUUGACAAAGGCUUGCCCCCAAAUUCCCCCCUUCGCCGUGGGGCCACCCCACGACACAGUUUGGGUGCUUUUCAAAGACCCCAAUCUCUCUUACGACGAGCAUCCACCAUUGGUCUUUUGGCUCUUCGACUUAGAGAAACAGUUUCAGAGGCUCAAAAAUGUUCUCCAAAUAAAGCUUCACCCAAAAGGUCACCGGGUACCAAGGCUAAAACUCCAUCACCUGCCAAAAGGUCACCGGGUACCAAGGCUAAAACUCCAUCACCAAAAUGUCAAAAGUCACCAUCUGCUUCAACCAAAACACCAACACCAUCCUCUACUCCUGCUGCACCUAGGACACCUGCAUCUGCUAAGAGAGCAUCAACUUCAGCGAUUGAGGCUGCUGGUGACAUGUCUUUAACUGAGACACCGAGGGUGCAGGGAAGGUUUUCAGUCUCUCUUAUCAAUACUCCAUCACCUGUCCAGGACCAGGGGAGCAUGUCUGAACCACAGUCAGCCAUUGCAGAAGAUGUGCCCCAGAAGUAUGUAACACCAAAGAUACCCUUAAGGAGGAAGAGCAUGAAGUCUUCUGGAAGAAAAACUCCCAAAAGUGCAAUUAAAAGUGCUCUUGAUGUCAUGCGUUCAAGACGUAGUGGAGCAUCUCGGGCUAAUCUAAAAGUAUUGACCUCUUGGGCUGAUAUUGUAAAAUUUGGUCAGACCAAACCUCAAACAGAAGUUACAACUAAGAAAAAACCUACAAAGAGCACUAUAGUGAAGAGAGCUGUACUGCCAAAACCCAAGACACCUGCACAGAGGCUGAAAGAUGAUGUUAGUACUGGGCAUGCAGCAUCUCCAGUCACCAUUGUUGUUGGCAAAGCCCAUAUGAGGACUAACCAGUAUGUUGGUGCUGCACCUAAAAUAGUGCCAAAUAUAGCACUAUUCAAGAAGGACAUGAAAAUGGAUGAGGACUUGACAGGUGUUGAAGAGAUUUUUAAAACACCAGCCAACACCAGGUCUAAGAAUAGAGUUCCUUUAAAUAAAGACUGUCCAGAGAUUUCUCUGGAUGAGGUUUCAGUGAUGAAAACACCAGAAGAAUCAGGUGAAAUGUUGGUGUCGCCAUUAAGUGUGGUCUCCACUGCCAAAAGUGGUCGCUACAACAAUGAAGCGGUAACACGACUACUUCUUGACAACCAGGAUGGUAGUUUGUUGGAAGACGAAGGUCUUUCUGAACUCCCUGAUAACUCUAUUGAAACAAGUUGCCAUGACAUCAUUCCAGAUGUAGAGACACCUAAUGUCCAAACAGAGGAAGAGGAGGCUGCACCUGAAACAGUAGUCAAAACCCCAAACCAGAAAGCUGCACCAUCCUUGUGUCUCACUGGAGUCAAGCAACUCAUGAAAACACCAAAACAGAAGGCUGAACCAAUUGAGGACUUAAGAGGAAAGCUGCUCAAGACCCCCAAGGAAUGUAAACCUUCCCAUGGUGAAAGUCUAGAAGGCAUUAAGGAACUCCUAAAGACUCCCAAAUACAGGGGAGCACCAGUAGAAGACAUGGUUGGAGUGAAAAGAGUGAUGCAGACUCCAAAAGUGAAGAGCAAUCCUGUACUCUGCGCAUCUGGUCUUCAGAGGCUUAUGAGAACACCCAAAGAAAAGGCUGAGCAACAUGAAGACCUUACUGGUGUGAAAGAACUGAUGAAAACACCGGAAAUAAAGGGAGACCUGAUGGAGAAUCAAGCACGGCUGAAAAGAUUUGCGAAGACACCUAAACAGAAGAGAAAUCAAGUCAAAGAGGACCUAACUGGUGUUCAGCAACUGAAGAACACCCCUAAACACAGAGGAGAACCAGUUGAAGAUCAAAUGGGUAUGGAAGGGCUGAUGCAGACUCCCAAAGAGAAAGUUGAACCCGUAGAAGACUUAUCUGAUUUGAAGCAGUCAAUGCAGACUCCCAAGUUAAAAAGAGAAUCUGUCAGCAGUCAGUUUGAAAUCAGUGAACUUAUGAAGACCCCUCGACUCGAAACAAUGACAGAGGAGUCCACUGGCCUUAAAGAACUCGAACCUGAGAACAGCUCUUUCUUGACAACCGGAAGUAGUGUGACUGAGCCUAUUAAGAUCCAAGAACCGAUGGAAAGUUGCUCUACGUUCAUGACAGCUGAAGGAGACUUAAAACUGGGUUUGGAUGAGGAAUACGACCAAGAAAAUGUCUGUCAGGUUGAAACCAUGGAGAGUGAAGUUUUAAAAUCUAUGGAUCUACAGUGCACCGGUAAAACAGUUGAAUCUAAUCAGAGUCAUCCAUAUAUUGAGACUGUAACUCCACAGGAAAGACACCCUGACCAGAUUGAAGAGGAGAUUGUUUCAGUUGAUGCUUCUGAUGUGUGUUCUUCUGGGCCAGAUAAAAAAAACCAAGAGCAGUCUGAAGAAACUGUAUGCGUAUCUGAUAAUACCAACACAACAGUUGAAGCUACCUCAACUUCAUCCACUGCUGAGCAAGAGGAGCUAGUCAAGUCUCCACCUGCCAGUAAAAUUCAGCGUGGCACUCGAGGAAAAGCAGCACAGAGAUCCAAAAAUGGUAACAACAAAAUGGCCAAAGCACCUGCUGUAUUGUUAUUAAUUGAAGAGGAAAAUAUGAGUAGUCCAGUUCCCGCUAGUCCUAUCAGAGGAAAGAGAGGCAAGAAACUUCUUGAAGUAUCAGAAAUCGCUGCCAGUCCAGUUAGAAAAUCAGCCCGUGGUAGAGUUCCCAAGCACAGCUCUGUGGAAGAAGAGGCAAAGAAUACAGAGGUCGAGAUGCCAGAUUCCCUGCCUGCCGUUACCAAAACCAGGAAAGGGCAAAAACCUAAACAAGAUGGUGCUGAUGCUGCAGUUGCAACCACUCAUGAUGCAAAUGCUGUGGACCCACAGUGUCCUGAUGCAAAUGAAGAGCAGGUCCAAGCCCCUCUUGUGAAAACUGGGAGGAGAAAAAUUAUGGAUAAAACCAGAAGACAACCUUCAGAAGAACUUGAACAGACAACAACUGAAAUUGUUUGUGAGGAAAAUGCUGUUGCACCAGAGGAUGUCAAGUUGCAGACUUCACUAGGUACUGACACCAUCUCCUCAACUAGAGCUAGGAGGGGAAGGCCAACAAAAAAGGAACACUUGAAAACCGAGCCAACCCCUGCUUUGGAAAGCAAAAUUCCAAGCACUCAUGCUGUUGUAGUGGCUGAGAAGCCAGUGAUACCUGUAGCAAAGUCAGUGCAAGGAAGGAAAGGUAAAAAAGAAAAUGUCAAGGACCAGCCCUUGGGUGAUGAUGAUGUCAUGGUUGUUUCCAAAACUGCGGCAGAGGCAAAUGUUGACCAUAAAGAGGAGCCUGAAGCACCUGUGGUCAAGUGUGGCAGAGGACGAAAAACCAAACAGCAGAAACCACAAAUGGCUGAAGAGGUUGUUGACCAACCUGCUGUAGAUACCAGCAUACAUUUACCUGUGACCGAAGAACACACUGAAACAGUGAUAAAAUCUGUGAGAGGGAAUAGGAAGACAAAGCAGUCAAAGGAGACCGUUUCAGUUAAGGCUGAGGAGAACAUUGUCAGCCCAAUUGAACAAGCAGAGACCCCUGUUGUCAAAACGGGUCGAAAAAGGGCUGUUAAUGCAAAGGAAACUGAAAUGGUGGCAGAUGUUGCGGUCAAAAGAGGUCGUCGUGCUGUUGCAGACCCUGCACCGCCAGUUGCUGUGGUGUCUAGCCGUGUACGUAAAGCAGUUAUGAAGGCAGAGUCUGAGGUUACUGAGGAUGUAGCUUCAUCAGAAGAGCCAGUAAAGCCUGUUAAACAUACCAGGAGAACAGCAAAAGCACCUAAAUCAAAGGAAGAAGAAAAUACCAUGACACAGGCAGGUUCUGAAUUUGUUGCUGCUGAGAAAACAUCAGGUGUCGGACUGGAGAAAGUGGAAAGAGGAAGCCGUGGAAGAAAACUGAAGGAUUCGACUAAGGACAUCCCUAAAAGCCCAAUCAGUGAGUCUGCUACAGCUGAGCAAGCUAGUGAAAUAAAACCAUCAAAAACGGUUACCUGCAACACAGAUUUGGUCGUCUGUAAAGACACUGAAAAGUCUGAAAUUACUACCAAUGUAAAAGAGCCGCAGCUGAAGAAAUCCAAAAGGUUAGGCAAAUUACCAGCUGAGAUGUCUUCCACAGAAUCAAAUCAGUCAACUGAUCUGCCACCCAGAGGCCGCAGAGGGAGAGGAGUGAAAGAAGAAAUUCCCAUUGAAGAGACUCAAGAAGAAGCUCAGAUAAAAGUCAAGCCAUUGAGAAGAGGAAAAGCAGUGGCUCCCUCUGUGCCCAAAUCAGAGCCCACUGAUAGUAAGACAUCAACCCCCCUCAAAAGGAGAAGGAUUGAAGUGACAGAUGAGUCCGUAAAUAAGGAGCCUUUGCCAAAGAGAAGAGGCAGAGUAGUCGAAGUUGCAGCAGAGGUCUCAAGCAAAGAGAAAAUGCCUGAAGCUGAACCAGAAAAGGCUGAUCCUACUUCCAAGAAGAUUGGAAAUAAAGCUACAAGAGGACAGAAAAGUACAGCACAGAAACCAGAUCCAGCACCUGCUAAAGCUCAAGAGUCUGUUUCAGGAACCACCACUCGAAAAGCAAGGAGUGUGAAAAAAUUAGAGGAAGUAGAUGUCCCUACAGAGGCAGCUCCUGUCAGGCGCACCAGGAGGAAGUAAAGCACUGAUCUUACAGAGUGGUCUUAAUUAUCUAUUCUCUGUAAUCUCUGAAAAAAGAUUUAGUUUUAUAUGUUUGUAAUAUUGCAUUGUUUUCUAUAAAUUUUUCAGUGUAAUUUUAACUGAUUUUAUCUUAGGGAAAAGUCUGUACACUUGAAUCAAAUGUGUUUAUUCUCUUAAACUCAGAUGAAAGAGGCAUUGAAACAGAUAGCCAUGUAGACUUGUUUUUACUUCAUGAAAAUGUUUAAAGACUUUCUACAUUUGAACUGUUAACUUCCGUCAAUGUUCUUUUUAUAUAUAUAAUAUUAUAUCUUUAAAAAAAAAUUUUUUUUGUUUUUUUGUUUUUGUUUUUAAGAAUAAAAUAAGUUGAGGGGUGCAUAAACCAGGCUUGAUCAGUCACAAUUCUUAAUCCCAAGAGUGUGUAUUGUGCUGUAGUUGUAAGUGUACAUGUGACAGGAUUGAAAGUUUUCAUUAAAAAGAUUUUUGUCACCUCA